AUGUUCGUCCCCCAGAAGGCGGCAGGCGUGUGGGUGUGUGUUCUACUGCAGCUCCUGGCUCUAGCUCAGGCCUACUCCUCUGGCCAGGUUACUGAGGUCUGUGGCAGCAUGGUGCCCCAACAUGGUGGCUCUGCCAACACCACCCACAGCCCAUACAGCCUGGUGCUCAACAGCACCAUCUUCAGGCCUGGAGGACACAUCGCAGUCACCCUCUCAGGGACAUCAGACUUUGAGGGUUUCCUGCUCCAGGCUCGGGAUGCAGCCAAUCAGAACGCAGGUGCUGUGGGCUCGUUCACACUGACAAAUCCCAAGCUCUCCCAGCUGCUGACCUGUGACCACAUCCAGGGAUCUGCGGUCAGCCACACCAGUGAUGCCCUGAAGAGAGAGGUCCAGGUGGUGUGGAACGCCCCCCUCAACGCCCCAGACAUCAUCCAGUUCCUAGUGACGGUGGUAGCUAAGUACAGGGCCUACUGGGUGAUGCUCCCUGGUCCAAUCAUCUCCCAGAGUAGUGUGACGCCCCUCCCCUCUCGCCCCACCCCCACCGCCAGCAGACCACCCCCCACCACCCCUCUCUCUCCUCCCACUCGCUAGUUCAGCUCAGAGGGGUGUGGCCAGUCUAAGUCCUGUCUGCAGGACCCUGCUGGCUGCGACCCGGAAGUGGAUCCUCAGUGCUACUUCCUGUCCUGGAGCCCGCGGGGUCAGGGGGUGGAGUUUGAGCUCAGCGGCCCGGCGGAGGGAUACGUGACCUUUGCCCUCUCGCGGGACACCUGGAUGGGAGAUGACGACGUGUACCUGUGUGUGAGGGACGGGGGCGUGGUCUACGUCAACGCUGCAUUCGUCACAGGAAGGACCUCGCCCGUCGAUUCUUCAGAGAAUGUUCUGACUGGCGUGGCGUGGCGGGCAGUGGAUGGGGUUCUCCAGUGUCGGUUCCGUCGGCCCGUGCAGGUUCCCCAGGACCCGGAGCGUUUCAGCCUGGACCAACAGCACUACGUGUUCCUUGCUCACGGAGAGGCAGAGGAUGGGUUGCGUAGACACACUCGCCAGCCUCUCAUCUCCCAGAAGGUCUCCAUGACUGGGCUCCCUCAGGUCCUCUCUGGCUCCCGCUCUCCAACCAUCAUGAAGUCCCACGGGGUACUGAUGCUGCUUGCCUGGAUGCUGGCUGGCAGCACGGGCACCUUCCUGGCCAGCUACUACCGAGAGGCCUGGCCUGGCCACACCCUGCUGGGCCAGCGGCCCUGGUUCCAGCUUCAUCGAGGGUUGAUGGUGUUGACUGUGCUGUUGACGUCUGCAGCCUUCACUCUCCCCUUCAUAUACAGAGGAGGGUGGAGCAAGAGAGCCGGGAUCCACCCCUACUUAGGCUGCUGUGUCAUGGCCCUGACGAUCCUCCAGCCAAUCAUGGCUGCUCUCAGACCAUCACCUGACUCCACCAGGAGGUGGGCGUUCAACUGGCUGCACUGGGGGGCGGGCUCUGUGGCUGAGAUCAUGGCUGUGGCGGCCAUGUUUUUCGGGGUGGGUCAGCAGUCUUUGCUCCUCCCCCUGCCUUGGGCUACGGGCGUGCUGAUUGGCUAUCUGAUGUGGGUGUUCAUCCUUAGGCUCCUCCUCACUCUCCACAAACGAGGCUGCAUCAAAACAUGUAUGUAA